AUGAUUCGCUUUGGAGGAAAUGCUACUGCUGAACGAGGAGGUGGAGGAGGUGUUGAAGGUGGCGGAAGAUGGGACGAUGAUGAAGGAAGACCAGGAGGAGGAGGAAAGAGAGUGGCAGCAUUUUCUCUGAGUCUUUGCGUGUUUUCCCUAUCUCCCGCGUCCUACGCUUUGUCGUGCACUCGGGACCAGGCUCGUCUUUCGCGGUCGGUGGCAAUGAAGGGAGGGUUUGGUGGAAGGGGAUGUCAGCCCAGAUCUGGAGGGGUUACUGAUCGCUUGGGCCUUGGCUAUGAGUUUGGGAUUGAUUGGUGGUGA